GGCAGACUGUGGAAGGGAUCGAGCCGUAAUGAUAGGCACAGUAAUAGAGACGGGUGGAGACAAAUGGCAUGGAGUAGGAGAAGAUGCAGGAGUAGGUGCAGGGACUGACAAAAAUACAGAAGUGGCUACAGGAUUCGAAAUUGGUGUAGAUGUAGGAAUUGUCAUAGGAACAAGCGCAGGGACUGAGAGAGAGAUAGAAGUAGUCACAACAGUCGUAUCUGGAGCAGAUGGGGGAUCUGACACGGAAACAGAGGUGCCUCUUGUUUGAGCAGGAAGCGGCUCGAGGAUGGACUGGUAUGGCCUUGGAGUGGCGUAUUGACUGUCCUUGCUCACGUCGAUAGCGCCAAUGAUCGUCGUCAAGGCAACUUAGUAGUAAUAUCGACCCAGAAUUCCUUAUAUCUUGUAGAGUAUGACGAAAUGGAAGACCAUUUAUCUUCUCAAAUACGCUAGAGCAAGGAUGUCCGUCGCGACGUUGUCUUACUCCUUUUAGUGCUGUAGAUCCUGUUGUCUAACGCAUUCAAUUGCCGAUGGCGUGAGGACGUCAUGAAUUUCAGGAAGCAGGAAUGGUAUAGAUUCUAUCCUAUGCUCGAAUUUGACGCGCUGUUUCGAAGAGGCAAGG